AUGAGCCCGUUCCCCCAGUGCACCAGACUCCCAAUAGUUGUUAUUACCAGCAGUAAGCGCGAUAAGCAAAGCGAAGCCACCAUCACAGGACAGAUAGCGCGCACACACAAAGCACACCUCUCUUUUUAACUGACAAAAAACACUACUCCGCCAUUUCUAGGGUUCCAAUCUCUGGAAACAUUCUAGAGAGAGAAUGGAGCAUCAGUUGCUACGAAUUCCAUGAAUUUGAAACGAACUUUGAUCUAUCUCGGCUGGGGAGUGGAAUCUAGAGAGAGAAAGUGAGGUGGAGUCAUGACGGAUGAGGGAUCGGAGAGGGAAAACGGAGGUAUAUCGUCGAUGGAUUCGGUGGAAUCUCGGUGGGUGUUUCAGGAUCAGGACGAGUCGGAGAUCGAGAAUGACGAAGACGAUGAGGAUUUGCCGCCGCGGAUGGGCAUGAUGGAUUCGGAGGAUGAGGAUAAUGCCGAGCAGAGAUUGAUUCGGACUGGGCCGAGGAUUGAUUCCUUCGAUGUUGAAGCACUCGAGGUCCCUGGUGCACAAAGGAACGACUUCGAGGAUAUCAAUGUGGGAAGGAGAAUAAUACUGGCUUUUCAGACACUUGGGGUUGUUUUUGGUGAUGUUGGAACGAGUCCAUUAUAUACCUUCAGCGUGAUGUUCAGCAAGGCCCCUAUCAAUGGAAAUGAAGAUGUUAUUGGAGCAUUGUCACUGGUUUUAUACACCUUAAUUUUGAUCUCUUUAGUCAAGUAUGUCCUUAUAGUUCUGUGGGCCAACGAUGAUGGUGAAGGUGGUACAUUUGCUUUGUACUCGUUAAUUUGUCGGCAUGCUAAGGUCAGUCUUCUCCCAAAUCAACUACCAUCUGAUGCACAUUUUUCAAGCUUCAGACUAAAGGUGCCAUCUCCAGAACUUGAGCGGUCAUUAAAAAUAAAGGAACGACUUGAAACUUCUUCGACACUGAAAAAGCUGCUCUUGAUGUUAGUUCUUGCCGGUACUUCUAUGGUGAUAGCAGAUGGGGUUGUUACACCAGCGAUGUCAGUGAUGUCUGCUGUUGGUGGUUUAAAAGUUGGAGUAUCUUGGAUUAAUCAAGAUGAAGUGGUGAUGAUUUCGGUUGCGUUUCUAGUGAUUUUGUUCAGUGUGCAGAGGUAUGGGACAAGCAAAGUUGGUCUUGCAGUUGGCCCAGCUUUAUUCAUAUGGUUUUGUUGUCUUGGGGUUAUUGGCAUCUACAACCUUAUAAAAUAUGACAGCAGUGUCUUGAAGGCAUUUAAUCCUGUUCACAUCUAUUACUUUUUCGAGAGGAACUCAACUAAGGGUUGGUAUGCCCUUGGGGGCUGUCUUCUGUGUGCAACAGGUUCCGAGGCAAUGUUUGCAGAUCUUUGCUACUUUUCUGUGAGAUCGGUUCAGCUUACAUUUGUUUGUCUUGUACUGCCUUGCCUUCUUUUGGGAUACCUGGGUCAAGCUGCAUUCCUUAUGGACAAUCAUGACAGUACUGCACACCCUUUCUUUACUUCUAUUCCAAGUGUUGCUUUCUGGCCAGUCUUUCUCAUUGCUAACAUUGCUGCAUUAAUUGCUAGCCGAGCAAUGACAACAGCAACAUUUUCUUGUAUUAAGCAAUCAACAUCACUUGGUUGUUUCCCUCGCCUUAAAAUCAUUCAUACAUCUCGGAAAUUCAUGGGUCAGAUUUAUAUACCAGUCAUAAACUGGUUUCUGCUGGUAUUUGCCAUAGUGUUUGUCUGCUCUAUCUCAAGCAUUAAUGAGAUGGGAAAUGCAUAUGGCAUUGCUGAGCUCGGAGUUAUGAUGAUGACUACUGUCUUAGUUACCCUUGUUAUGCUUCUUAUAUGGCAGAUAAACAUUAUUAUUGUGCUGAGUUUUGCUGUUAUUUUCUUGGGGAUGGAAUUGACAUUCUUAUCAUCAGUUUUGUGGAGCAGCGUGGCAGAUGGAAGUUGGAUCAUAUUGGUUUUUGCCGCAGUUACGUUUCUUAUAAUGUACAUCUGGAAUUAUGGCAGCAAGCUUAAGUAUGAAACUGAAGUAAGGCAAAAAUUGUCAAUGAAUUUGAUGCGUGAACUGGGUUGUAAUCUUGGAACAAUUAGGGCUCCUGGAAUUGGCUUGCUUUACAAUGAGCUGGUGAAGGGCAUACCAGCAAUAUUUGGGCAUUUCCUAACCACUCUUCCAGCUGUCCAUUCCAUGAUCAUUUUUGUGUCCAUAAAGUAUGUUCCUAUUCCUGUAGUGCCUCAGAGUGAAAGGUUUCUGUUCCGGCGUGUCUGUCCAAAAAGCUACCACAUAUUUCGUUGCAUUGCCAGGUAUGGCUACAAGGAUGCUCGCAAAGAGAAUCACCAAACAUUUGAGCAGCUUUUGAUUGAGAGCCUAGAAAAAUUCAUUCGCAGGGAAGCCCAAGAACGGUCAUUGGAGAGUGAUGGAGAUGAUGAUUUGGAUUCUGAAGAUGAUCACUCUUCCUCCAGAGUUCUUAUUGCUCCCAAUGGUAGUCUUUAUUCACUUGGUGCCCCUCUCCUGGCUGAAUUCAUGGACACAAGCAAACCCAUCUCAGAAGCAAGCACUUCAGGAGAGGUGAGGGGUGAGCUGUCCACAGACCCAACUAUACAUGAUACAGAGGAUAGUCUUGAAAGAGAGUUGUUUUUCAUUAGACAGGCCAAGGAAUCGGGAGUGGUUUAUCUUCUUGGUCAUGGAGAUAUUAGGGCAAGGAAGGAUUCUUGGUUCAUUAAGAAGCUAGUCAUAAAUUAUUUUUACGCUUUCUUGAGAAAGAACUGUAGGAGGGGGGCUGCGAAUUUGAGUGUUCCCCGCUCACAUCUGAUUCAGGUUGGCAUGACUUACAUGGUUUGAAACUGCAAUCAACAUGAGGAAAACUUUAUUUACUUUUGGCUUCAAGUUUGACUGAAAGUGAGUUCGUUCCAUGAAAAGGCUGACAUGGGUUCCACGAAAAGGCUGACAUGGGUGACUGGCAUGUCCUCACAGUGAUACAGGUUACAUAAACGAAUUUGAGCAAAUGUUUGCAAAUGUUCUUCACUGCUUAUGUCCACCACAAUUAAAAAUCUGGCAAUUUUGUAGCUGCUGGUCUUGUUGAUUGGAAAUCUUUCUGUGCUUACAUUUUUGUGGGGUUGUGCAUUCAAUUGUGCAUUUUAUAUUGUUGAUGUUAUUUGAAUGCAAUUUUGUAGCUGCUGGUCUUAUUUGAUGUUAUAUUGUUGAUGUUAUUUGGUUUGCUGUCAAUACAACAGCAGAAUCUGUGAUAAAGCAAGGUUGUGUAUUUUUACCUGUAGAGACAUGAAAAUAUUGGACUUCUUGAUGUUGUUUCCAUUGUAGGA